CACACUCUCAAAUGCUCCCCACGACAACAACAGAUAUUACGAUUUACGACUGCGUUAUUUUAACGGUUUUUUUUGCGGCAGCUCGGGCCUCUUACAAAUUUUAUUUAUUUCCGUGUUUCACUCUUAUCGUGUAAUUAAUGGUCGGUUCAGUAUUUGAACUAACGACGGCAUACAGUCGCGACGUUUCGUGUUGAUGUUUAUCGUUUUAUAUUAAUAAUUUUAAAUUAUUAAUGCAGGUUUUGUAACGAUGUUUUUGGAACGAUCGGUCACCCAGUUGUAAGACAACUCGCCAUCAAUAGUCUUGCUGAAAUUUGAUUCCAUUCGCAUUCUCUGACCUUCAAGAUGUCUCAAUUUGUUACUGAAUUUUCACCUCCCGUGAAAUUUAAAUCAAAGCUCGAAGAUGAAGCAAAUACAGUGCUUGAGUAUUAUUUGGUAUUAUCGCCGUUUCAAAAGCAGACUCAAGUAGAAUUUUCAAAUGUAAAAAUUAAAGAAACAGCCAUUAGAUUUUUGACGGUUGUUAAUUUGCUUGACAAACCUAGACAGUUUGUGUUACCUUCUUCAAAUGAUGGUAUAUAUUUUGAUGUUUAUGAAUUCACCUUACAACCAAAUUCACAACGUAAGCUAUCAAUUACUUGGCAACCAUCUGUAUACGGAAACAUGCGUAAAUUGAUUAAAAUAGAACAAGUAGAUAACAACAGAAAAUAUGAUUUUGUUAUUUUUGGAAAUUGUAUUGACCCUUUACACAAGAAAUUAAGAGGUUCUUCAGUAACAUUAGCCAAGUCUAAAAAUUCAAUUUUGGCUAAAAACAAAUUUAAUGGUGGUCAGAAUAAAAUAAUUUUGAAUAAACCCAAAUUUGUUAAUUGUGCAUCAGAAAGAAUUAUUUUAGUUGAUAAUGCCACAAAAAUAUCUGAACCUAUUAAUGCGGGAAAUUUGGAAUCACCUAUGAGGCGGCAAACAUAUUUAGUGGGUGAAAAAGAAAAUAUUCCAAAUUUGGAAAAUAACAUGAUUGACCAUAACACAACCUUCACUAGUUUUAAACGUUCGGAUAAAAAUCGUCAAUAUACCACAUUCAAUAGCAAUCACAUUCAUACCCAAAAUACAAAUUGUGACAUCAUGACAGAUGAUUCACUGGAUGAAUCGCUCAUUAAAUUAACCAACACUAAUUCUCCAUUUAAUGACUUUUUUUUGACCCCAUUGAAAAGUACUGAAAACUUAAUUUCUCCAUUCAGUACCACAAAAAAAUGUAUUAGUUUUGAUAAAGCUGAUGAAAACAUGGGUUUUACUUCAUUCAACACAUCACCAUUUAAGCCUAUAGAUGCUUCAACCGCAGCUAAGGUCUACACUCCUGACAAUAGAAAACCAACUAGAGUAUCUGUAAACCUUUGUGAAAAAUUUGAAGAUAUACCAAAGAAUAAAUUAAAUAUAGAUAAUAAAACUUUUAUCAAAAAUAUCAGCCCCAAACAAUCUGCAUUGCCUACAAAAGGUGAACAAUCUUUCGACAUAUCACAAAAUCAUGAAUGGUCUACUCGAACACCUAUGCAUCAUACAAGGAUUAUUUCAAGCAGUACUAAGCCUAAAAGACCAUCCUUUGUUUUAAAAAAUUCUCCUUAUUACAAAUGUAGCCCAAAAUCAUCAAUGAUUUCUAAGAAUAGAUUGAAACAAUACAGCAUUCUUAGCCCACGAACUAAACAUUUGAGAACUCCUAAAUUGGAUAAGUGUGAUCAAUACCUCAAGUGCUUAGCAAAUCCAGAACUUGUAUAUCAUAAUAAUGCUGAAGAUCCGUUUUUAAAAAUGUCUCAAUAUUAUGAAGCUGAAUGGUUAGAUCGUCAAGAAUCUGAUAUGAUUCGGUGGUUAAAUGCACUGCUUAUGCCUACUGAUAAAUUGGCAGAUGAAGAACAAUUAGAUGACUUGAAGCAAGCAACAGUGGCUUGGGAAGAGGCAUCCAAAACAAGCCAUAAAAAUAAGCCUAUGCAAUUUGCUACACAAAAAGAUCUGUUUGUAUCACAAAUAUAUAAACAGUGUCCACAACAAUGGAGUGCUUUACGGAAAGCAACAUCAAAUCUUAUUACAUCCACAAAUGUUGCCACUGUUUUAUCAAAAUUGACUAUAUCAAUAGAAAAAGAUUUCAUAGCAGUACGAGAUGAUCGCCAAAUACAUUUGGAUUUAAAUUUAAAGAAAAAAAUUACGGAUUUGUUAAAAUGCUUUAAUCCACUGUGGUUACGAAUUGGUUUGGAAGCAGUGUAUGGUCAAAUAAUUCAUAUCAAUUCUGGAUCUAAUGACUUAGAUGGACUUGGAUGGUUUAUACGUAAACAUUUGUUUAAUAAUGAUUUCAUUAAACAAAAGUUUACUAAAGCUUCUGUUCUUCAAGUGAACCUUCCCACAUACAAUAUCGCCAUGAAAAAAUUUAUUUUGAAAAAAAUAUUUAUGCUUGUAUAUUUUUUGGACCGCGCUAAAGAACAGCAACUUAUCAGACAUAAUCCAUGUCUUUUCAAAAUAGAUUCUCCUUAUAAAAGUAGCCAUGACUUCUUGAUGGGAUUUUGUGCUGACAUGGUAACAGCUAAUGGAGAUAUAAAUCGUCGGCUACGUAGUAUUGACUAUAAUUUGACCCAUAAACAAACCCAUUUGGAUGAAGUUGAUUAUGCUGUUAAAUCAUUAAAUGACCUCAGGGAUGGCACCAGAAUCACUAGAGUCGUAGAAAUCUUGUUCAAAGGAGAACCACUGUCACAGAAACUAAGACUUCCCGCUAUAUCGAAACUACAGAAAAUUCAUAAUGUAAAUUUGGCAUUAACAAGAAUAUCUGAACAUAUUAGCAUCGAAGGAAAUAUAAGUACUCGUGAUAUUGUGAAUGGUCAUAGAGAAAAAAUGUUAUCACUAUUCUGGCAAUUAAUUUAUAAGUAUUUAACUCCUAGAUACAAUAAAGCAGCAAAAACAAUUCAGCAUUGGUGGCGAAACAAUAACCUCAAAUUUGUGAUCAUAAAAAGGAUUAGAACUAAGCAAACGUUUAAACGUCACUUAGCUGCUACCAAAAUACAAGCUUGUGUCCGUGGUUAUUUGACCAGAAAACAUUGGCCUCAUAAACAAGCUGAAUUGAUUGUAAACCGUGAAAAGUUGCAUCUAGCGUCAACCAAAAUCAAACAAUACCUACAAAAUAAACUUAAACUUUUAACUGAAGACCGAAAACAAUUUAUAAUUUUAAGAAGAACUACAGUGUUUGUUCAAAGAAAAUUUAGAUCCAAAAUUGCAAUGGAAAGAGAUCGACAACAAUAUAUAAAAGCUAAACAAUCAGCUUUACUAAUUCAAAAAGCGUAUCGUGGUUUUAUAAUAAGAAAAAACUGGUCACAAAUUAAACAUUCUUUAAUAAUAGAAAAAAUGAAUAGAAUUAAUGCCAUCAAUAUUAUCAAGCGCUCUCUAAGAAAGAACUUACCGCCCACUGAAGACGAAUUGUAUUAUAAAAACUUAUUGCAUGUAACAUUGACUGUUCAAAGAAGAUUUAGGGCAAAUAAUUUGAUGAAAGUGCAGAUGAAAUCAUUUAUUUUGUUGAAGAAAAGUGCAAUAGUCAUCCAACAAAGAUUUAGAGCAAAACAAGCCAUGGUAAAACAAAGAAAUCACUAUUUAAAACUUAAAAUGUGUGCACUCAAAUUGCAGGCUGUAACUAGAGGUUACAUUGUACGGAAAAAAUGGUCUGCAUUACACACAGAGUUAAAAGCAAAUAGAACACGUUUAACAAUCUGUAGCAAUAUGAUUAAGAGAGCGCUCAGAAGUAAUCUUCGAUUAACCGAAGACCGCAUUCAAUUUCUUGAUUUAAAAAGAUCUGUCAUUAUUAUACAAAACCGAUUCCGUGCGUUGAAAGAAAUGAAGCGACAAAGACAAAAAUAUCUACAACUUAAAACUGUAACCCUUAAACUGCAGAGUGUGGCUAGAGGAUAUAUAGUAAGAAAGAAAUGGCCAUCUCUACGAAAUGAGUUGAUAGUGAAACGUCAACGUUUGAACAACUGUAGUAAUAUAAUAAAAAGAGUUCUGAGGAAAAAUCUGCCGUUAACAGAAGACCGUAUAAGGUUUCUCGAUUUAAAAAAAUAUGUCAUUAUUGUACAAACCCAAUUCCGUGCGUUAAAAGAAAUGAAGCGUCAAAGUCAAAAAUAUCUACAACUUAAAACUGUAACCCUUAAACUGCAGAGUGUGGCUAGAGGUUAUAUAGUAAGAAAGCAAUGGCCAUCUCUACGAAAUGAGUUGAUAGUAAAACGUCAACGUUUGAUCAAUUGUAGUAAUAUAAUCAAGAGGGUUCUGAGGAAAAAUCUUCCAAUUAAUAACAACCGUUUAACUUUUCUUAAACUCAGGAGAGCCACAACUCUUAUCCAAAGUACAUUCAGAGCCAAUAGACAAAUGAAAGAAUAUCAGUUAUUACGUAACAAUGUUAUUGUGAUUCAAAGAAGGUUCAGGGCUAACGUGGCUAUGAAACAACAGAAACUCAUUUAUGAAAAAACCAGAGCAAAGAUUAUUCGACUACAAGCUUUCUUUAGAGGACAUUUGGUUCUCAAAAAAUGGCCAAAGACUAAAUAUGAAUUAGAAGUUAAUAAGAAACAAUUGAUUGCUGCUAGUAAUACAAUAAAAAAGUUCCUGCGUCUUUGCUUGCCACCCACUCCUGAUCGUUUAAGUUAUAUCAAACUAAGACAGUCUGUGAUGAAUCUCCAGGCAAGAUAUCGAGCUAUUGUUGCAAUGAAAACAGUAGAGCGAGAAUAUUUAUUACUAAAAGAUAGUGUGAUCAUAAUACAAAGACAUUACAGAGCACACAAAGCCAUGUUGAUACAAAAACAGCGAUAUGAACUUUUGAAAAAGUCCGCAAUUGUAUUGCAGACUCAUGUUAGAGGAUAUUUGGCUCGUAGACGUUGGCCACAGUUAAAAGAUAGUAUGGAAGCUGAGCGUAGACUUGAGUUAGACACUUUAGAGUGCAAAAGGUUGUUAGCUGGCCAUGCGUUCUUAUUUGAGUUGAAAAUGGAAAUGCGAGCUGCCAUUCAGUUACAAAUUUGGACCAGAAAUGUAAUGUUAAAUCGUAAACAUUUACAGAAAAAGAAUGUAGCAGCAUCUAGAAUACAAGCUAUUGUCAGAGGAUUUUUGGUGAGAAAGAAAUUACCAAAGAUCAAGGAAGAAUUACAUAAUCAAAAACUUGUGCGAGCUGCAACUUUGAUACAGGCGUUAUGGAGAGGUUAUACUGUCAGAAAGAGAUAUCAGUGUAGACGAGAAACCAUAAGAAUUCCUCAAAAAGGUGGCCUCACAUUAGGCAAACGACACAAUGACGUGGUUGAUGUAUUAAAUAAGCAAAGAAGAAAUGAAUAUUCCUAUCGGGAACUUGCUACAGUUUUCUGGAACCUAGAUACAUGUACAACCUUAUCCAAAGAGCUAUGUUUGAAGACAUCAGAAGGUAUGAUUGUGGACAGCAUGUUUCACUUUUUGCAUUAUUCCAAUCAGUCACAACCAAGUAUUGACGCAAGGGAGCCAGCAAUCCGCGUACUGACGAAUUUACUCAAAUAUCAUGAAACCUCUUGGCAUAUUUGGGUGAGAACAGUGAAUGCUGAUAUGGUGAAAGACCUAAUCAAAAUGAUGAAGACGUGUUGUGGCAAAAUCAGUUCAAAAAAAUUGUACUGUUCCAUUGCUACUUGGCUUUGGAUAGCCCUUCAAGACCCAGAAAAAAAACUUUACAUCAAACAAAUUCCAUCCGCCAUGGUAGACUUGAAAUUCAUGAUGGAUACUUUGAAAAAGAGGUACAUAACAUCUAAAGUGGAUAAAAAGACAAUGGUGUUACCUUCGACGCGGCCUACGUGGAGUAUUGGCUCUAAAUGUCAAAGAUGUUUCGACUCUGACUUCUACGCUACAGCUCAGAUUUGCAAACUUUUGGACAUUUAAAAUAACUAUUAUACAUUUCUUACAUUUUUUCUUCUUUUUAUCAUAAGAUUUUAUUAUUAACUGUUGAUUUUUUUCUUUUUCUGUGUACAUAUAAUUAUUACCAUAUUUUAGGAAUUAAAAUACAUUAUUUUAUACUUUCUUGUUAAUUAAUUGAUUGAUUUCUAAGAUAAUGUAUUAUACGAGUAAAAUAAUUAUAGUUAUUUGAAUGUUAUAAAAACAAUAUAAUGAUUUUUAAUAACUAUGACACAUUUUUGACAUUAAAACUGUUAAAGAUUAUAGAUUACAAUCUAUAUGCGAUUCAAUUUUAUGUACAAUAUUUUUGUGAUUUUUUUAAAUCCAAAGACAUUAGGCUAUUUGACUAUUUUAAUAUUAAUUUUACUUUUCACAUGAAUAUUAUUAAGAUUUAUUGAUAAUUGAGAAAAUCAAUACUUAUUUGAUUUAAUCAAAAUUCAUAGUUAUAUUUAAUCAUUCAUUGGUUUAAUGCUUGUUAAAAUGUUUUUCCCUGUUUAAAAUUCAUACAAUGUAAUUCCGUAGUAUAAUAUUCGGUACUUUUAUUACAACUUUAAGUGCAUGUACAUUAAAAAUAAAUUAAAUGUAUUCAUGUAUGUAGCUGGAGAUGUGAAAAAGUAUAUUAAAAAUUU